CAUCAGGCUGGCGCGUCUCGCCGGGCCUCCUCUUCGGUCUCGAGGUUUCUCUUGCGGCGCUCCGCAAUCUGGGCUGGGUUGGCGGCUUCGAAUUCUCGCCGAUUGGGGUUUAUGCUGUGGAGCUUUUCGUGGCUAAAAAGUGGGAGACUGUGUUCGUCGAUGAUCGCGUAUUGCUCUGGCAGGCUUACGAGCAUGAGGCAGCGACAUUGCGUCCCCUCUCGCCGACGAGGAUGUCGUCAAUAAUCCUCGCCAAGGCAGUCCAGAAAGCGAUGCACAUGAGGGACUUCUCUGACCGCUU